GUGGGGCAACGCUGGGCAGUAACCAUGGAGACACUGCUGGUGCUGGUGGUGCUGCUGGGCCUGGUGGGGUGCCCCACCAUCCCUGAUGAUGACUCCAGGCCGCUUCAUAUCACUGGCAUGUGGGUGACAGUGCCACGACAACUGAGGCCCCGGGCUACCACCAACCCCCUGACUAUCUCCUACUGGCUGGAGGUGGAAGGACGGCCACAGGUCCUGCGCCUGCGGCCCAGGAAGGGCCUGGCCUCCCGGCCUUUCCAUUUGGUCACCUACGGUGAGGAUGGAGCACGCCGGGAGGAGCACGUCUAUGUGCAAGACAACUGCUUCUACCAAGGUGAGGUGAUGGGAAGUCCUGGCUCCCUGGUGGCCCUCGGCACCUGUGACAGGGGCCUCCGUGGAGUGCUCUGGAUGGAAGGAAGCACCUAUGAGAUCGAGCCCAUCACUGAUAAUCCAUCAUUUAAGCACAUGCUCUACCGCAUGGAGGCAGAGAGUGUGCCUAUGGGCCCCUCGUGCGGGCUGACCCCGGAGGAGCUGCAGUACCAAAAGUCUGUGCUGCCCUGGCUUCAGUCUCCUCGAACAGAGGAUAAGUACACGCUGAAGUACUGGUGGACACACACCAGGUACGUGAAGUUAGUAGUGGUUGUGGACAACGUGCGGUUUGAGAGGUCAGAUAGGAAUGAAUCCAGAGUCUUGAGGCAAGUCCUAGAAAUCAUCAACAUUGGGGACUCUCUGUAUGACCAGCUUUCUGUACAACUGUACCUUGUGGGACUGGAGAUCUGGACCAAAAGCAAUCCUAUAAACAUUACUAACUCUGUAAACAAGGCACUUGCAGACUUUAACAGAUGGCGAAAAUCAGACCUGUAUCCACGAUUGCAGCACGACACCGCUCACUUAUUUGCAUUUCAGGGCUUUGGAAAAAGCCUGGGAUUGGCGUAUCUGGGGUCCAUAUGUGACAGGCAGUGGUCAGCAGCAGUUGAUUCCUACACCAACCGGAGGCUGUCUUCAUUUAUUGUCACAUUUGUCCACGAGCUGGGCCAUAAUCUUGGGAUGCGCCACGAUGAACGGCACUGCAACUGUAGGCGGAGGAGGUGCAUUAUGUACGAAAGCGAAUCCGACACCGACUCAUUCAGUGACUGCAGUUACAAAGACUACUUUGACCUGCUUGGGACUGGUGGUACCUGCCUGCGUCAACCACCAGCACAUGGCACUUACUACACUUUAGGUAGUAAGGGUGAAUACUGUGGGAAUAAGAUAGUAGAAAGCGGAGAGCAGUGUGACUGUGGUUCAAAAUCAGAAUGCAGAAGAGAUCCUUGUUGUCACCCUAACUGCACGUUGACUGAAGGUUCAGUUUGUGCUUCUGGGACAUGCUGCAAGGGCUGUCAGAUGCGUCCAGCAGGAACACUCUGCAGAGCGCGUACCGAUGAGUGCGACCUGCCGGAGUACUGCAACGGGACCUCCCCUCUGUGCAGUCCAGACCUGUAUGUGCAAGAUGGAACCCCUUGCAACGACGAUUCCUACUGCUAUAAAGGAAAAUGUUCUUCCCACAGAAAACAGUGCCAGUAUCUUUUUGGCAAACAAGCCAGGCCUGCUCCUUUUGAGUGCUUCAAAGAAGUGAAUACUCGAGGUGACCGUUUUGGAAACUGUGGCAUUCGUAACAACAUUCAUUAUACUAAGUGCAGUGUUGAAGAUGCCUUAUGUGGUAGGCUACAGUGUGAAAACAUACGCAAGUCGCUCCCUUUGCAGAACCACAUAACAGUCAUCCAAACCCCGGCCGGAGGUAAAAAGUGUUGGGGUCUUGAAUAUCACGUAGGGAUGCCUACAGGUGACAUGGGGGCUGUGGAAGAAGGUUCGACGUGUGGCAGCGACAAGAUUUGUAUUGAAAGGACGUGUACCAAUAUUUCAGUGCUGAAUUACGAUUGUAACGUAACAAAGUGCCAUGGCAGAGGAGUGUGUAACAACCUGAAGCACUGUCACUGCAACUACGGUUGGGCUCCUCCAGACUGUGAGCAGGAAGGAUUUGGAGGUAGCAUUGACAGCGGACCCCCCCCAUCGGAGUUUUUUCGGAGAUUAAGAAUAGGUUUAAUUGGCUUUUUUCUCCCUUUUGUCCUCGGAGGUAUUCUUGCCAUAUACAAUAAGAGGAAAAUAUGGGCACAGCGUAUGAGGGAAAGGCGUGAAUCCACAGAAAGAAGCUAGUGGUUGUUUGAAAUAUUGCAAAUGCCAGUAGCUGCUACAGAACAACUACUGCUGAGACAGAAUCUACUGCCGUGCACUUUGCAAAGACCAAUAAAGCUGUGGCUUUGGAUGCUCAUAGGAAAGUCUCCGGUAGCCAUUGUGCAGAGCCAGCUGGUACCUUAUCCAAAUAAUUCAGCACAUUCGGAGUUGUUAUAGUCUAAUGCAACGUUAUUAAACAGAUUGUUAUCUUUAAGUUAAUAAAUGCAGGCAAUAAGGUA